AUGACACUUCCCCAUUUACUGAUGAACCAUGAGCGGGGUACCCCAAUUAUAGGGAAGCAAUAUGAUGGAGAUUUGCUCAAUGGGCACGUGGUAAAAUGCUACAACCUUCCGGCACAUAUAUGCGGAGAAGGGAUUCUUUAUUACCUCCUGGACGUAGAAAAAAACGCCGGGUUUGAAAUUAAGAAGGUGCUCAGACCGGUGAAGGAAGAAACGAAUCUGUAUCCAUGGAAAGUCAUCUGUAAUGAGCAGUUUGCGUCAUUCCUCCUUCAGAAGGAGAAAAUCCAAAUAUAUGACGAUUCAAAAAGGAAUAACAGAAUUUUGGUGAGACUACCCCGUGGGAAGGACACAAACGGAGGGGAAGCAUCUACUGAAGGUGAAGUGGACAGGGGGGGGGACGCCCCAAAAAAGGAAGAUACGAAAGGGAGUAUCUUUCGUUUUAUCAAUCCUCGAAAGAACGAAGUGGAUGGAGGGGACAGUGCAGGGGACCCCUCCUGUUAUAGCAACCAUGUCGUUUCAUCGUCUCAAAAUUAUGAUUCAAAUGAAGUAAAAAAAAUGAAUGAAGGUAUCUUUGACGCGGAUUCCAUUACCAUUGGUGAGGCAGCUCCACGUGGAGAUUGCUCACACGGAAUUCUCCUUCACGAAUUUGAAAGGGACCCCAAUCAAACUGGUAACGGCGUCGAGUACUGUUUAUAUGAGGAGCCCCCUGGUGGGGAUGAUGGUAACCGUAGUGAUGACAGUGAUGGUGACCUUUCAAAUGAUGAGGACAGUAACUGGUUUGGCAGCGAGUCCAGCUUUGCGAUGGAUGGAGAGGACCCAUACGAAGUGGAGAAGGACCACGCGGAAGAAGGAGAAAAGUAUGAAGAGUCCUAUCGAAGCAGUAAUUACAUAAAUGUAAAGCAAGAAAAGGGUGAAAAAUAUUACCAAGGGAAGGAUUCUUUCAAAUACAUUGGGAAUAGAAAUAGUUCCAACACGUCUGACACGAAAAGUGGAAGCGAAUUGAAGAGCUUAGUUAGUUCCUCCCGAAAUGACGACACGAGUGUGCGGAAUGAGGAGGAAGGCAUUAUCACCACCAGCGGUCCAAGUAGUAACAGACACGGGAGUAUUGUUCUGUCCGAUUGGGCGAAAACUCCCCACGGAGGAACCACGCAGGAAAAUAAAAAUAACCUCAUAACAGACCAAAUGGAUGAGCAUACCAGACGAAGCAGGAAAAAAAACCCACCCUGUGAUGCAAUCGAAGGUAUAAUAAGUGAACAGAAGGAACUUUUUAAAAAAAUAAAAAGGAGGAAAAAAAUGAAAAGAAGAGGUAUCGAGAAAAUUAACAUUUACUUUUGUCCAGGUAGUAUAGACGAAAUGGUUAGGGAAAUCCGGGAGGAAGACGCAGGGGUGAGUGUACCAACGGUGGUAGAUUUCCCACUGGAGGAGAAAAGGCAAUUCCUUUUGGAUGUCUAUGGGUGGAGCAUGGAGGAUCAUCACCAUCAGGAGGAACACUUCCAUGGAGGUGGUAGUAAAAUAAAGUUGAAAAUGGAAAAGCAGAAUGAGGAGGAAGAGGAGCAAAUAAAGAAAGAGACAAAAAUAGAGGAGGAUCCACGUGACCCAAAUUGUCACAACCGAAGGGAACGACCAAACAGGGAGGAAACAUCCAAGAUGGAGCGGCCCAUUCGUGAGGAUCCCUCCCAUAAUGACCUCCACGAAGAUCGCACAAGUCAAAUCAGUCUGAGGAGCAUGGAAAGGCGCCCAGAGGGAAGCGAUUCGAAACGAGGCGGAUCGACUAUAUGGCCUAGCCACCUAGGAUGGAAAGAAAUCUCAGAAGAAAUAAAGAGCAAGUUAUGCGUUGUCAUAAAAAACAAACCAGCCGAGUGGAGCGAUUACGAUUUGAGGAAAUUCAUAGAAUCCCAAUUUGCAGGCAGCAAUCACGUCCCCGUUUUUGAGGAUAUAUUUUUGACGAAGAGUUGCCCCACCAUAGCUACUGUUGCUUUUAAGAAUGAAAAAUUGAGGGAACAUUUUUUGAAGUGCCAAAAGUUUAAGUUACCCUCUUCGUUCAGGCGAUAUGCAGACGAUGGCAACCGCGGGGGUGGCAAUCGUGGAGGUGGAAAAGCAACGGCCUGCUACCACUACAACGGUAGGUACUCCAAUUUUAUAACCCUGCAGGAAUAUAUAGUAUCUCAUAAUGCAGGCCGUACUAAUAAUGCAAAGAAAAAGCCAAACCAGAGAAAGGAUGGAAGUGGUUAUACCUUCCGGGAAAAAUAUAAGGCGAAGCAUUCCGAGGCUGCCCCUGCCCGAAUGGGGGAAUCUACAAACGAUGACUCUUCCAGGAGCGGUAGGUACCAAAGUCGAAAAAAGAAAUAUGCUACGGACAUGCGAUCACGUAGCAGACACGACAGCAUGAACCGCCAGUAUGAUGGAAGUGAGACUAACAAGAGGACGAAUCAGUACGGAAAGCAUGACUACCAUGUGAGGAGUUAA